AUGCUCCUCGGAGAUGAAUCUUUCUGGGAUGAUUUCCCACAUAUGGGAUUUUCCAUCAAGCCAGCCUGGCGGAUGUCAAAGAAGGGAAAUUUGCAUGACUGUACGAAGUCUGGUCUCUGGAGACCACGUUACGACCUGGUAGCGAUCCGUUCGGGUCAAUGGUUUUAUGUUGGUCAAUUCGCGCGCAUAGCGAUCGAGCCACUUAGCGUGGAGACUUUUGUGGCCCUGGAAGAGAAGGUCCGCGAUAGAGUUAUUGGCUUAUCCGGUAGCAAAAGGCAUCUACGCGAGAUUCGCUCGAUGUAUGAACGCGGGGAGUUAAUGGCGUCCAAGAUCAGUUUCAAGCGUAUAGGCUUCAAUGAGGAUGUCAGAAGGUAUCUCCUUGACAGUGCGCCGAGCCACGAGAACAGCCCAUCUCUUACGACUGGUUUGUUCGACGUGGCUGGCGCACAGCCUCGAGAGGAAGUACUAUCGGACGAUGAAGACGACGACGAGUAG